AUGGCUGCGCCGCCGCGCCAUGUUCUGGCAUGCUUCAUGUUCAUAGGCGGCGUUGCGUACAUCGCAUGGUACAAGAAGCGCGUCUUGGAUAAGAUAGAACUUGCCUUCGCUGCAGGUUAUGACCCUGCCUUAGAUCUUGCAAACAACCACGCCAAGAAGGCCGUCUCCUCUGACCAAACUAUACUCGAAGAACUGGUUGCAGACGGGGAUGACUUGUGGACGGCGCACCUUAGGCGAAAGGAGCAAGACGCAUUGGACGCGAUUGUACAUGGCCUAGAGACCGGUCAUUAUUUCAUGUUACUGGGUCCCAAGGGUGCAGGAAAGACGACGAUGGUCAUCGACGCUAUGCGAAAGAACCAGGCAGAGGGUGUCGCCAUGUGCGAUGCGCACCCGGACCUGGAGGUCUUCAGACUCAGGCUAGGCAAGGCUCUGAAUUUCGAAUAUAACGAGGAUUCGCAGACAGGGGUGUUCCAGCGGCGGGAUCCGCGCGGCCCUGCACUGGAUAUCGAGCGAGCAUUCAACAAGUUGGAAAAAGUCGCCAUCAGGGUGUCGCGACGUACCGGAAGACCUCUUGUGCUUAUCAUCAACAACAUUCAUCAUUUCAAGAAUGAUGACGAAGGUCGGAACAUGCUGCUUCAGCUCCAACAACGUGCCGAGGGCUGGUCAGCGAGUGGCACAUUGACCAUGGUCUUCAGCACGGAUGACUUCUGGCCCUUCCAUGAGAUGCGGAAAACUGCUAGCAGGAUGCACGUCAUGUACAUUCCGGACCUUAGUAAUCACGAAGCAUUCCACGCCGCCAGGCGCAUGCGUUUGGAUGCUAGAAGAUCUUCGGUGUCUGAUGAGGAGGUUAGGCGGGUCAUAGGGCUCGUGGGCGGGAGACUCGCCUACCUGAGCAAGGUGGCCAAGGCAAGGGACAUGGAAGAGUACGCACAACAUAUGUUGGACGUGGAGAAGGGAUGGCUGCUGAGUCAAAUUGGGCUCAUCCCGGACUGCGACGAUGACGUGAUGGACGAGCAAAAAUGGAGUUCCUGCUCCUGGUUACUGCUGCGCGAAUUCGUGAGGUUGCGGAUGCAGCAGGAGCACGAACUUGGAGAGCAGAUUUCAUCUGGAGAGGUGACUCCUGAUGGACUGGAAACGCUUCCAUUACCUUCCAUACCCUAUUAUAAAUGCAGGCAGAUCAUGACGAGAGCAGACUUCCUCGAAGACCUCGAUCGAAUGAAUAUUAUCAGUAUCGACGUCCAUCACAAUGUACAACCGGACUCGAUGCUGAUCCUUCAUGUUGCGCGCUCGGUCGUGGAGGAGGAUGGGUUCGAUGAGCUGCUCGACGGCGUGCGUGAUCGCAUCGACGAGAUCGAGAGUUUACACCGCACGAGAGAGCUGACGUUCAAAGACUUGGACAAAGGCGACCGGAUACGGCUUGCAGUCGACAAAACCGCGACUAUCCUUGACAACGACGACUAA